AUGGCAGUUCUUCAGGUUGGGAUCUGUGGUGCUGGUGUUGCAGGGCUAUCUGCUGCGAUUGCCCUGAGGAGACUUGGACACGACGUUGAGGUCUUCGAGCGCUCUCAGUUCAAGAAUGAAAAUGGUGCCGCUGUGUCGAUCCCACCCAAUGGUACUCGAGUGCUGCAGCAUUGGGGCUUCGACUGCGUCAAAGCUGGCGGAAUUGAGAAUAUCCAAGUCCGCCGACCAAAGGGUGACACGCUGGAGCCAAUGGCCCCUACGCUGAACUUCGCCAAUGCGGAGCAACUCUAUGGCAACAAAUGGUUCUUCUAUCACCGAGUCGAUAUGCACCGACGCCUCAGGGAGCAAGCCGAAGAAGCUGGUAGCAUCAUUAGGCUCGGCAAUCAGGUUAUGGAUGUGGAUCCUGAUAGAGGAGUCAUCUCGUUAAAGGGCGGGACGUCGGUGCAGAAGGAUCUGGUUGUCAUUGCUGACGGCCAGCAUGACCGUCUCAAUGCCAAGAUCACUGGCAAGAUGAUUCCUAUGAAGCGCAGUGGUCAAACAGCAUACCGAUGCCUGAUUCCCAUGAAGGACAUUCUUGCGGAUGACGAGACCAAGUUCUUUUUCGAGAACCAAGCACCGGGGUUCUGGGCACCUGCCCUCCCAGCCAAGGGCGUUAUGGCCGUCACUUAUCCCUGCAGGAAUAACGAGAUUCUCAACGUUCUGGCAGUACAUCGCAAACUUGGGCAACAUGCGACUAGCGAAGACGAUGUCGUGAUCGAAGACUGGAAUUUCCCCGCCACCCACGAAGAACUGGCGCAAGUCCUAGAUGGCUUCCAUCCUGCUGUCAAGAAGAUGUUCUUGAAGUCACCAGAAGUGAAGGUCUACACCCAGAUGAAGCGGGAUCCGCUCAACAAGAUGACAAGGGGCAAGGCUGUCCUGAUCGGCGAUGCAUGCCAUCCCAUGCUGUUGACGCACGCACAGGGCGUCUCGUCGUCGAUCGAAGAUGCUGCCGCUCUCGAAAUCUUCCUCGCUGAUGUGCACGCUACAGGCGACGUCUCCUCCCCUCCGUCACAGAAACUGCUGCAGCGUCUCGCCCAAUUUGAGGCGUUCCGCCUCCCUCGUGUAUCAGCUACACAAAUUCUGACCGACCCUGUCGUCCCGGGACCACAAGCUGCUGCGAACUAUGCGAAACAAGAGGCCGAGAUCCGGAAAUACUAUUCUGGCCCGCUCCCUCCCGUGGGGUCGAUGCCACACAGCCCACCCAUUUGCCAAUUCUUCUUCGGCUACGAUGUCAGGAAAGAGGCAAUGAAGUUCAUCGCGGAGGUCGAUGGAAACAAGCUGGUCAACACGCAUGCUCCCGUGUCCGUUGUGCCUGCCGCCCCUCUCGCUGCACCAAGCCCUGCGCCUGCCUCCUCACCGAUCGCAGCUCCCACACCGUCGGCUACUCUCGCACCUGUGGCCCGUCCUGAACUACCUAGGACGAAAAGCUCCGAGAUCCUACCUCCCUCACGAUCACGAUCCCCAGUCCACGGAACCCCGGCGCUCGUGCAGAACGCGACCAACGGCUACGAUGCUACGGCAAUCGCCGCGGCUGUCGUGCGGGAGAUGCGCAAUGUGGACUCUUUGGAGCAGAAGGUCUUCGACCUGGAGCGCAGACUAGCCGACAUGGAGUCAAAAUUCGCCGGUAUGACCGUGCAGAUUGCCUUCAGCGAAGUUUCACCAACGCCACCGAAGUCACCCGCGAGCGUGUACGACAAAUCCCCUCUCGCUACGGCUUAA